AUGAAGUUCACCGCUACCACUAUCGCUGCCAUCGCCGCCGUCCUCCCCAUGGCCAACGCCUGGAUCUUCACCACCUGCAGCGGGCAGUGGGACGGCGAAAACAACAAGGGCUGCACCAAGUCCGCCUGCAAGGGCGGUGACACUAUUGACUGGGAGGCCACCUGGGGCUCCGAUUGUGUUCUUCGUGUCUACAGCGACAGCUCCUGCAGCAACCAGAUUGGAAUUGCAUCUGAUGACUGGAAUGAUCACCAGUUGAGCAAGGCCAUGGGUAGCUUCCGUGUUUCGUCUUGCUAG